AUGAAGGUUUAAUGGUUUAUUCAUCAUAAAGAAUAUUUAAAUUAUAUUUGCUUUGAUAUAAGAGAAACAAGCAAAAAUUAUGAAAUAAUAUAUGAGAAAUUUGAAAGUUUAUUGACAGUCAUUACAACAUACUUAAGAAGUUCUGGUUUUAUUUGUUAUUAAAUUUUAUAAAUUUUUAACGAGCUUUUAAGGAUUCUUUAUGCUUUUUAAUUAACCAACCCUUAAAGAUUUUUAAAGGAAGAUAUUAUUACGUAUUAAAGUUAUCAAAUUUAAUACAUAAUUAGAGAUCGAACAAGGUAAUGUUUGGAAAACUGGAAUUGAAUUUGAGAUAACGAUGAUGAAAAUUAUGAUUAUGAAUUCUUAAACUAAUUCCACUGAAGGAAAGGAUAGAUUAAUUAAUUUCUUUAUAGAAUUAGGAAAAUCAAUCGUAUCAUUGGAUCUUCUUCAAAAAUUAAUCGAAGGUGGUUAAUAUCUUCUAAAAAAAAUGAAUCGAAAAACAUUAAUAUACUAUUGUAACUUAUUAAAACUAUUUUUUGUUUCAAAUAAUUAAAUGGUAAAUUAUAAGAUUAUUACAGUCUAAACAGCCAGUUUACAAAUAAAUUUAACAAUUAAAGGAAGCUUUUCUUUAGCAUAUAUUAGAUUCUUAAGAUUGAAUUUUACAUUUCAGUUGGAUAUUCUUGCCUAUCGACCAGUUAUAAAUAAAUCUAUUUUCUUCAAAGGAAAAAAAGAUUAAUCAUCAAUUUAAUGGAAUAAACUAAUUUAAUUUAUACUGUUCCAUAAAGUAAGAAUGAAGUAAUGAUGAGUUUAUGUUAAAAAUAAUAGAAAUCAGUGCUUUUUUCGACAUAUAAUUUUCUGAUUUUUUUUAGAAAAAUUUAGCAAAAAAAUUUGUACUAUUUUCUUAAUUUCUUAUAAAUCGAGAGCUUACAUCAAAUAUUAACAAUUGGGAUUAAAUAAUUAUAAUUUAAAAAUUAAAAUGAAAAAAAAUAGUAGGAUUAUGAAAUCAUUCUAGCAAGUUAUGAAUAUGAAAAUAUUAGAAAAUUUGAUCAAUACUUUUAAAUCUAAUGAGGAGGAAAUAAUCAUUAUCCAUUAAAGAAUUAUAUAAUCUUUUGAGUCCUAUUUUAAGGAACCAUCUAAAGCAAUGAUAUAAAUAGUUAAAGAUGACCAAGUUACAUCUUUUAAGCAAUUUUUAGAAGCUUAUAAAAAGCGUAUUUUAUUAUCAAAUCAAAUUUAUGAUUUAUCAAAAUUCGAAGUUGCCAAAUUUCACAAACUCAAACCAUAACUAGAAGAAUUUGAAUAGAAAGAAAAUCAAAAAUCUUAAGAAAAUAUAGAAAAUCUGAAAAGUUUGUUAAUCAAAAUUGACGAUUUUGUUUAACAAAAAUUUAAUGAAUUGAUCCCUCAACCAUUAAAUAGUUUUCUAAUUGCCAUUAUUUUUAUAAGUUGCUCUUAUGAAUUCAAUUUAUUUUUAGAAACGAAGCAAGAAAAAGAUUUAAAUUAGAUUAGAUUAGAGAUAUAUUUUGGAUAAUUAAUUUCUAAGACUUAAACAGAGACUUUGAAAACUACUUUAAAACAUUUACUUCUGAUUUAAUGA